ACCCAAUUGCCCAAAAAACCAAUUUAUAACGUGACUUUCAUUCAACAAGUUGCCAAGAACCUAAAAUCAAUCUCUUGCGAAACAACCCAAGCACUCACUAUGAAGCUUUCCACUAUCCUCGCUACUGCGGCCACGCUGGCACUUGGCCCUUCCUUUGUUUUUGCAACCUGCAAAGAGGCAGGUUCUGCGCAAACUUGUGGUACCAAAGCUACCACCAAAGGUGGCAUA